UUGGUACAGUCCAAUGUCCUCUGCCUGGUGGAUGAAGAGCUAAAGGCCACGGCUUGGUGUAAACAGAAGGAACCAUGGUCAACUUUGCAGCACUUGCCCGUGAGCAUUGGGUGAACAUAUUGGUGCCCAUGGGCUUUGUGAUUGGAUGGUACCUUGACAAACAACAGGACCAGAAGCUGACAGCUUUCAGGAACAAAAGUUUUUUGUUUAGCAGGGAGCUGAAGCCUAGUGAAGAGGUGACCUGGAAGUAGACCGCCCCUACCUGGAUAAUGUGUCCUGUCAUCUGUAGUGUGAAUGACUGAUUGGUGUCCCUCAAACCAGAAUAUUUAAGAAGACUAUCUCAGUAUGUCAGUUGUAUAAUCAGAUAAUAAACAUGCCCUUUAUCAUCAAAAUAA